AUGAAAUCUUCCAUCUUCUGUAAUUGUUGGUUAAUCAGUCUUUUCCUGAUAGGAUACAGCCAUGCGGAUUGCUUCCGAGAUAGAGAGGAGCUAGCCAAUGCCGUGGAUGCCUAUCUGUCCGAUGGUUCCCCGGACACCAAUGUCGCCACAAGGUAUGGGUGGCCCAUUGGCAGCUGGUGUGUCUCCAACGUGACAGACUUUUCUAGGUUAUUUCUAAAUGCAACUGAAUUCAAUGAGGAUUUGUCGGGUUGGGAUACGUCGAGAGCAUUGAUUAUGCACGGAACAUUUGAAAUGGCAACUUCAUUCAAUCAACCUCUAAUGUCAUGGAAUGUUUCGCAGACAAGCAAUUUCCGAUCCAUGUUCCUCGGUGCUCGCAGUUUCAAUCAAGACUUGUCUCCUUGGGAUACGUCAUCAUGUGUGACGAUGAAGAAUAUGUUUAUGGGUGCCAAAGACUUUAAUGGUGAUGUUUCCUCAUGGAACGUUGGAAACUGUGUGGACAUGACUGGUAUGCUGCACCAAGCGACUUCUUUUCACCAGGAUUUGUGCUCGUGGGGUUCCACCAUUCAACAAAACGUUGGGGAAGAUAUAUUUCGAGGAACGGACUGCCCAAUGACAGGUGAUCCCGAUUGGUCAGAUGCUGGAACAACUACUGGGCCCUUUUGUUUCCCAUGUUCCGAGCAACUUGACUUUACUGACGAUUAUUCGUCGGCGUUGGCUCUUUUGUCAGCAAAGAUGCUCCUCGUGCUGAUACUACCAAUGGUAAUAGCGGGAAUCAUGAUAUUGCGUCAUCGAAGCAACAAUAGGUGUAUAGACCCGUCUGAUACCAAACUUACCGAAUUUGAGCUACUACAACUUGAUGAAGAAGAAGGUAAAUGA